AUGGAUGCAGCUCUAUUGCCGGCCGGCAAGCUACCAAGCAAAAGCUCCAGUUAUAUUUCUUUUCAAGCAGAACUCCCAUAUUGAGUAUUCGCUACCGCGAAUACAUCGUUUCGAAUCUAUUUUUCAUUACGACAAUCCGAUUUUUCUGUUUUAAAGAGCAUUGUUCGACGAUGGAGCCACUUUUUUUGUCUUUUUUUUUUUAUUUUGUAUUUCAAAUUAAAGAUUAGGCAUAAAAUGUCAUCGAUGAUGUAGUAAUGACAUUUAGAAAAAUUCCUGCGUUAAUUUUUCCGUGUUGUGCAGUUGACGAUACGAUAUGUUGAUCGUUAAACGCGGGAAAUUGCAUGGGCUAUUGCACGUUGGAGUUAGUGGUAUUAGAGUUUCGAUCACGUUCAUUAUAUUUACUCUAUUACAUCUACUCCAUUUUCAAUAGGUGUACCAACACUUUCCGUUUCAUAUUUUAUUGUUUUCUUUUUGUUUUAUUUAUUUAUUUAUUUGUUUGUUUAUAUAUUCUCAUACAAUAUUAUUUUUUAUGAUACACUCUGUUUUUUAUUUCUUUGUACUAUUGAAAUUCCAUUAAGCUGUUUAAAUAGUAGUUAUUAAAAAUUCUUUGUGUAAUAAUAGAUAUUUAAAAACAAUAUUGUCAGGUAUUAUAAAUUAUAAGAAAUAUAUGUUACAAAGUAUCUUGUAAAUAUUAUUAAAAAUAUAAGAUUUUUAUCUUUCAUACAAAAAAUAAAAGUUAAAAAUAAAAGUUUCACAAAAGAUUGUGAAUAUUAUAUUCACAAUCUUAUAUUCAUAAUAUAAAUUUAUUCUUUGGUUAGUUGCUAGUUACUAGAAUCUGGUAUUUGUUUUAAAAAUUAUAUAUAAGAUAUAUUAAAUAAUAUUUAUAAUACAAUUUAAUAUGCAUUUUUAUGUUAUUAUUCUGUUUUUUAGUAUUUUAAUGAGAAAAGAAGAUUUGUAAUAUGCCAGCUAUUAAUGUUAUAACAAUGUUUGUUAUAUCUUGAUAUUUUAUUAUUAUAUUUUAUAUCUUGUAUUAAUUGUAUUUAAGUAGAUAAUGAUAAUGAUGGAUUACGAUUGAAAAUUUAAUAAAUACAGAUUAAAUUGAUAUAAAUUUAAGUUAACAUGAAGUAAUUAAGGAAAUUAAUUAUAUCAAAAAUAUUGUCAUGAAAAUUAAAAUAAUAUGUUGCAGCUAUGGCAGAGGGAAAUGGGGAAAUAAAAAUGGAAGAGAAACAAUCUAAGGAGGAAAUGGAAUAUAUAGAAAGGACAGAAGAUUUUUCAAAGUUGAUUCAAUAUGGAUUAGAUGAAAAAGUAGCUGGAAAAUUAGAUGAAAUUUAUAAGACAGGAAAAUUAGCUCACGUGGAUUUGGAUGAAAGAGCAUUAGAUGCGUUAAAGGAAUUUCCAGUUGAUGGUGCAUUAAAUGUACUCACACAAUUUCUUGAAUCUAAUUUAGAGCACGUAUCAAAUAAAUCUGCAUAUCUUUGUGGUGUAAUGAAAACUUAUAGACAAAAAAGUAGAGCUGGACAAGGUACUGGUACCAGUACUACUCCAAAAGCACCGGAUGAAGAUAAAAUUAAGAUGAUCCUUGAACGAACUGGUUAUCCUUUGGAUGUAACAACAGGACAGCGAAAAUAUGGAGGACCUCCUCCAAAUUGGGAAGGUCCUACACCAGGAACUGGUUGCGAGGUAUUUUGUGGAAAAAUUCCAAAGGACAUGUAUGAAGAUGAAUUAAUUCCUUUGUUUGAAAAAUGUGGAAAAAUUUGGGAUUUAAGAUUAAUGAUGGAUCCAAUGGCAGGUUGCAACAGAGGAUAUGCUUUUAUCACUUUUACUAAUAGAGAAGCAGCGCAGCAAGCUGUCAGAGAGGUAUGUAGACAUUCUUUUUUUUUUUUUUUUUUAUCAUUAUGUAGGUACAUGUUUGUGAAGCGUACAAAUUCUGUUUUCCUAGUUUACAACAUCUUGUUAUGAACAUAUCAAUGCCCUUCAUUUUUGUUUAGAGAAACUUUAGAAAUGUUACAAAAUUGUUAUUGCUACCAGAAUAAAUAACAUUUUCGAAAUGUUUAAAUAUAUAUUAUUGCAUAUAUUAUAUUUCUUUGUUUUCUUUCUGUUUCUAUAUUCUACUUUAUUGAGUUUUUUUAUUUGUCGUUUUAAAUAAGCGAUAACCGAGUCGUCGAAUUUUCGUCAAAAUUCGUCGAAUCGAAAAUAGUAUGAAGCAUCUUUUUUUCUUCUUUUUCUUUUUGCAUUAAACAUUUCGAAUACAUUUUUUCAUAUUCCCAUGUGGCUUGUUCUAUGUUGUGAUUUGCGUUUCUUUCUUUAUUUUUUUUUUUAAAUAGUAGUUUUAA